UUCAGCAGCAGCAGUAGCAGAAGCAGCAGCCACCGAGCAGCAGCAAGGACUCUGGAGUAAGAGUAGGAUUGUAGGAUUGAGUGGGAACAGGAGCACAGCUGGCCUGGGAGAGAAGAGGAUUCCUCCCAGCACCCUCAGGCCAUCCCCAGCACCCUCGGGCCACCCGUUGCCAGCACUCUCCCUGCCAGACCUCCAGAGAGGAAACUCGGGACAGCCAGCCCCAGGUUCCCCAGCCUGAGGAUGGCAUCCUCCCUGCUCGAGGAGGAAGUCCACUAUGGCUCCAGCCCCCUGGCCAUGCUGACGGCAGCGUGCAGCAAAUUUGGUGGCUCCAGCCCUCUGCGGGACUCAACAACAUUGGGCAAAGCAGGCACCAAGAAGCCAUAUUCUGUGGGCAGUGACCUUUCAACCCCCAAAACCAUGGGGGAUGCCUACCCAGCCCCAUUUUCAAGCACCAAUGGCCUUCUCUCACCUGCAGGCAGUCCUCCAGCACCCACAUCAGGCUAUGCCAAUGACUAUCCUCCUUUUUCCCACUCAUUCCCUGGACCCACGGGUACCCAGGACCCUGGGCUACUAGUGCCCAAGGGGCACAGCUCUUCUGACUGCCUGCCCAGUGUAUACACUUCUCUGGACAUGGCACACCCCUACGGCUCCUGGUAUAAGGCGGGUAUCCAUGCAGGCAUUUCACCGGGUCCAGGCAAUGCUCCUACUCCAUGGUGGGACAUGCACCCUGGGGGCAACUGGCUAGGUGGUGGGCAGGGCCAGGGUGAUGGGCUUCAAGGAACACUGCCCACAGGUCCCACUCAGCCUCCACUGAACCCCCAGCUGCCCACCUACCCAUCUGACUUUACUUCCCUUAAUCCAGCCCCCUACCCAGCUCCCCACCUUCUGCAACCAGGGCCUCAGCAUGUCCUGCCCCAAGAUGUCUAUAAACCCAAGGCAGUGGGCAAUAGUGGGCAGCUGGAGGGGAGUGGUGGUGGAGCCAAACCCCCACGUGGCACGGGCACUGGGGGCACUAGUGGAUAUGGGGGCAGUGGUGCAGGGCGUUCUUCCUGUGACUGCCCCAAUUGCCAGGAGCUAGAGCGACUGGGGGCAGCAGCGGCUGGGCUGCGGAAGAAGCCCAUCCACAGCUGCCACAUCCCUGGUUGUGGCAAGGUGUAUGGCAAGGCCUCACACCUGAAGGCCCACUUGCGCUGGCACACGGGUGAGAGGCCCUUCGUCUGCAACUGGCUCUUCUGUGGCAAGAGGUUCACCCGUUCAGAUGAGCUGGAGCGUCAUGUGCGUACCCACACCCGGGAGAAGAAGUUCACCUGCCUGCUUUGCUCCAAGCGUUUUACCCGAAGUGACCACUUGAGCAAACACCAGCGCACCCAUGGCGAGCCAGGCCCAGGCCCUCCUUCCAGUGGCCCCAAGGAGCUGGGGGAGGGCCGAAGUCCAGGGGAAGAGGAGGCUGCUCAGACUCCUCGCCCUUCCGCCUCACCAGCACCCCCAGAAAAAGCCCCUGGAGGCAGCCCUGAGCAGAGCAACCUGCUGGAGAUCUGAGCUGGGUGGAGGGUCUCCAUUUCCAGCCUUUCUUGGCUCUGUGGACCAUUGCUUGCCCCUCAUUGCCUCUACCCCAUGCAUGCUGUCCUUUGGGGCUUUCUCCAUCUCUCCUCUGGCCAUUCUGGGUCUGGGUAUCACUUUGUAUGCCUCCUCCAGCUCACCUCUUCCCUUGCCAUGAGCCUGGCUUUCUGCAAAAUGUCAUCCAGGCCCUCGCCUGUUCCUGAUUCCUGCACUCUGGCUUCCUAAACUCUUCCCUGGCCCCUUCAUAGCUUUUCUCUGCCUGGCUUUUGCCACACCAAUUUGCCUUCCUUCCAUUUGGGCUCCCAGCAUUAUUUCCUUAUUUCACUAGUUCCUUGCCAUGUGCCCUUUCUCCUUCCCAAGAUUAUUUACUGCUAUCCCUCAGACUCCUGUCUUCCCAACUUCUUACUCCACUGCUUUUCAUUCCCCAGAGCUUUUUUCUUCUACACAAACACAAUGAUGAUGAUGAUGAUGAUAAUUUAUUGCCCCCUGGUGGCCUCUUCAUUAGGGACCAGAGUUAGGGGGAAUUGGGGUUAAAGACCUGGCCAAGAGCAGGGUGCCAAGAGCGGGGGCAGACCAGUGGGGAUCUGAUCCCAAAGAUGGGGUGACCCCAGGGUCAGGGACG